AUGGCCCCCUCCACAAUCCUCCCCGCCCCCAACCUCCCGCCCAUCACCGCAACCCCCCUCACCCCCGCCGCCUUCCGCCCCUUUGGCAGCGUGAUCCAACGCCCUCCCACCACCACCCCUUCCUCCUCCUCAGUAACCGUCAACCAAGGCACCGCCCAAAAGCACCCCAAAGUCUCCCUCAUCACCACCACCCCGCCCCCCAGCGGCGCCCCCGCCCUCCUCAACAUCAACAUCUUCGUCUGCGCCCCACGCACCCUCACCGGCCCCGCACGCAACACCUUCGCCUGCACGAUCCUCGAGCGGCACCCCUACACCUCGCAGUCCUUCAUCCCGCUCGCGCUGCCGGCGUCGGCCGAGAAUGCCACGGCGUCGCGGUACCUGGUGAUUGUUGCACCGACGCUGCGCGGUGUCGACGGGUGUCCGCCGGAUCUGAAGGGUCUGAGGGCGUUUGUGUUUUGCGGUGGUGGUGGCGGAGAAUGGGGUUGA